AUGGAAAUGGUCGAGCUGUACUGCGAGCUGCUGCUGGCCCGCGCCAACGUCCUCGACCAGCUCGCCUUCACCGAGAAGGGCGCGCAGGCGCGCGCGCACGCGCGCGACGUCGCCCUCGCCCUGAAACGGGAGACAUCGCCCCAACCCGCGUCGCAGGCGCAGCAGAAAGCCAAGCCGGGCUCGCUGUUUGGCCGGCUCAAUCCGUUCGGUGCUAGCCCGGCCUCUGCGCCCCCCACCACCAGCCCCGGCGGAGACGGAGACCUCAGUGCAAGCGCAGGCAUAAGCGGGGAGGAAAGCGCCUACCUCGAUCCAGCGCUGGACGAAGCCGCCGCGGCUAUCUUCUACGCGUGGUCGCGCUUCCCGCACGACGUGCGCGAGCUGACCAUCCUGCGCGGCCUGCUGGCCGACCGCUACGGGAAGGACUUUAUGGCGCUGGCGCAGGACAACCGGUUCGCGGAGGGCGAUGGGCUGCGCGUGCCGGAGCGGCUGGUCAAGGGGUUGCGCGUGCGGCCGCCGGCGCCGGAGCUGGUGGAUAGUUAUCUGCGCGAGAUUGCGCGGGCGUUCCUGCGUUUGAUGAUGGGGAUGCGGAUGGUGAUGCGGGUGCAGAUGGGGAUCUCCCGUCAACGCCGCGCAAAGGCUCCACGUCUGACCCGGCCGAGUUGA